GCGUUCACGCUCCUCCAGUGCAACAUUAGCUUCACGCACACGCUGGCUGCGAGAGCCACAACUGCCACAAAUCCGCACUUUUUCGUUAUUAUGCUCCCCCCGAAGCCGUGAAUGUAUGUCAACCACCGGAGCUAAAACAAUGGCAGGUGUCCUGAAGCGAAAGUUUGCGGCAGUUGAGGAAAACCCCAGCUAUUCUUCUUCUUCUUCUUUCUCCUCUCCUCCACACUCUUCACCCACGUCUUCAGGGUGGGACUCGGACGGGGAGAGCGGCUCCUCUGAGAACAUGUUAACCUCCCCCCACCUCCCAUCUCACCCCCUCUUCUCUCUCCCAGGCUGGUCCACAGUGAAAAAGGCGAGGCUGGUAAAGAGGCAGUGCCGCGUACGCUUCGACCAAGUGGCGGUUUUCUGUUUCCCUCGCUGCCAGGGCUUCACCAGUGUGCCCAGUCACGGUGGUGCCACCCUGGGAAUGCUGCGGCAGCACAGCACCCUUCACAAGUACACAGUAGCAGAGCACGCAUCGGAGCAAAGGCGGCGCCGUAGGCAGAGACACCAGCUCAGACUAAGAGAGGAGACAUAUGACUCAUUGAAACACAAUCUGCUCACCAAUCAGGUUGUUGGCCAAAAUGAAGCAGGUCAACUCACAGUAGAACAGUUCCCAUCUGAAGGCGCUGAUGUCCACAUGAGUGAUGCUGAGCUGGACGGUAGAGGCUCGCUGCAGCCGUAUUCAUCCAGGCAGCGGCAGGCUCUCCUGCUGGCAUCUGGGGUGAAGCGCAUUGACAAGGAAGAGAAGAAGCAGCUUCACGAUCUGCGUCUGUCCAGGGAAGCUUGCGGAUGUGACUGCCAGGGCUUCUGUGAGCCCGAGACCUGUGCCUGCAGCUUGGCAGGCAUCCGGUGUCAGGUGGACCGAUUCAGCUUCCCAUGUGGCUGCACAAAGGACGGCUGCGGAAACACCGAGGGACACGUCGAGUUUGACUCCAAGCGUGUGCAGACUCAUUACAUCCACACCAUCAUGCGACUCGAUUUAGAGCAGCGAUCGGGAGCUGAAACGACGAGCCGAGGGGACCAGCCGCUACAUUUAGAAGACCUUGUCGAGUCGGAAGAUCUGAGUGAGACUCGUCACGUGAGGAAUGAACCAUACAAGAUGUGCCCUUUUGUUUUUUCUUUGGAAGAAGGCGAUCUUGCUCUUACGAUUCCCACCAGUCCUACAUUUAAUUUCCUCCCGGAGCGAGCGGUGGUGGAAGAGAACAGCUGCGGUAGCGACAUGACUGAAUCCUCCAGCUCUUCUUCUGAUUGCGACGGAGGGCAUCUUCCUGCCAACCACAGACGAGCGCCUUGUACCCUCAGCAUCUGUGAUUCUGAAAAUAAUAACUACUCCGUGUGUCACCAGCUGAGACUUAUGGCAGCACCACUGACCAUGGGCAGCAGCAGUUGUGACUCUAACAGCACAACCCCUGACCGAAUAGGACCACUUUCGGCAAACACCUUCACAGACCAUAAAACCACAGUCGUGGUGACGGAUUAUCUCGAUGAAAAUGCAAACCUAGCAAGAGACCCGUUUAACGCUGAGGAUUCCCUCGAAGGCUUUCCGAACACUCCCUCCCCUACCCUGGACCAUCCCUCCAGCGGGUACAUGGACCCGAGUCUCUCUUCAGAGUCCGACUUGGAGUUUUUUGACAGCGACUAUCCCUCCGGACCACUGCGCAGCUCGUUCAAAAAGCACAGACACUUUCACCCCCUCCGGCUGAUGAGCUCUGUUUAUUUGCCACAGGGCGAAUCAAGCACCUGUCUCCUGGAGUCUCUGAUUGGUCUGACUGAGCCGAACCCAGAACUGCCUUAUGAUCAUCGUCAGCUUUGAAAGGAAAUAUAUUGAACAUUUUUGACAUGACAAAAAGUUGUUUGAGAAUGAUUAACAGAGAUGUGAUCUUAUGGUUUGACUGAUAUUAUUUUUUUAAUCUACUACUAUAAUCUUUCAGCGAGGUCCAUACACUUCUUACCCUGUUACACCACAUUUUUAUUUCAUUAACCUUUAUCGCAACUUUGAUUUGUUGUUUACAUUCCCUUUAUACCAUUGCUUAUAUAUAUAUAUAUAUAUAUAUAUAUAUAUAUAUAUAUAUAGGAUUCCAAAUAUAUGGCUUGUAUGCCAUAUGUAUGAACAACUUGGGGCAUGAGCAUCUGUCUCACAAAAUCGAAACCAAUUAUUUUAAUUGUUAUGGUAACUGGCCAUAGUAUAAGCAGAUAACCCACUUAAUAUAAAGCUAUGGAAAAAUGUUUACUUUUAUGUUUGUCAUUUUUAUGACUGGCAAUGAAUUGUUCUUUACAUGCCUUCCAAUAUAUU